AUGAGAAAAAAGGUGGAAGCCGGUUACGUGAGAAGUAAGCCAUUUCGAUGUAUUUGCAAUUUAAUAACGUUUGUUAUGCCAAGAGAGAGUUGCCCUGUCCUUUUUAAAGCCUGUUGUUGAAUGAUGUGGGGCUGCUUUUGAGAACAUUCACUGGAGAGAAAUGAACUGAGUGCUUGUCUGUCAUUGACAAGGUACAAACAGGAACCCCCUGACCGUGACCUCAGAUAGUAAUUUUAAUUGUGGGUAGAACACGCGUUUCCUAUAAGCUUUGCCAGGCACUGUUGCUUCUCGUUUGUUCAAUUUCUGCUGAAGAGGUGAAAGAGAGACGACUGCUGGCUUCUUUGGACAGAUGGAGGUCUAAUGGAUAUGAAGUCGGGGAAUUCCUGAUCCUUUGCCAAAUUAAUAUUCAUAAGCGUCGUGUUGGUCUCAGUCUGUGGCAACCCGUGUGAUUUGGCAGCUGGAAACUUUAGUGCAUGCUCCUUAUGGAAUGGGUAUUGACUUUAUCGAUGCCCGGCAGAUGCAGAGCUAAGAUGAGUGAUGUUUAUUUGCUUCUGUAAUCCCAAGGGCUCAAGGCACUUGACACAUUUUUGAUAGCCCUCCAGAGUGUGGCUCCGAAACCCUGCAAACCCCUGGGCAAGAGGCUGAAUUCUCAGGAGCGUUGCUCGUCCGCUGGUGAACGCAUGCAGGAUCCAGUUCUCUGUCGUACCAGGGAUAUUUCGGUGGACAUCACUCCUGCCUGAAUCCCGGCAUCAGAUGGAGGUUCUGCAGGCUGUAUACCGCCUCCACUCCUCUUGUAAGCAGUUGUGAAUCUGUGAGUAGCCAACCUACGUCACUGAAAUGGAAAGCAACGCGGUCUUCCGUAACGUAUUCCUGUCCCCGAAGUCUCACACAAGGCUAUAAAUGCUGUGCAGAAAAGUGUUGGAAUCCUCUCAUGGCAUACUUGGAAGAUUGCCCUUCGGUGUACCUGGCGUCCUCUGUGAUUCCUCGCCACUGAAAGGAUCAGUCAACUUGGAUAGAUUUCGGCAUCUUCCGUGGAAUGAACAUGAUGGCCAGUAACCCGUGUGCCAGGUAGCAGUCUGUGCCAGUCUUGAAUGCCAACAGGAAGUCACUGGACAGAAAACCUCUUCCAGGAUCACAACUGGGCUAUUGAAGUAACUCGAAAAAGAGGAAAAAAAGAGCUGACCAUGGCAAAAAGAAACCGAGUUCGGUCUACCUCUCCUCCAGAUGGAGGCUGGGGCUGGAUGAUUGUGGCUGGCUGUUUCCUUGUUACCAUCUGUACUCGGGCAGUCACCAGAUGUAUUUCCAUUUUUUUUGUGGAGUUCCAGACAUACUUCACUCAGGAUUAUGCACAAACAGCUUGGAUCCAUUCCAUUGUAGACUGUGUGACCAUGCUCUGUGCUCCACUUGGGAGUGUCGUCAGUAACCAUUUAUCCUGUCAAGUGGGAAUCAUGCUGGGUGGCUUGCUUGCAUCGACUGGUCUCAUCCUGGGCUCAUUUGCCACCAGUCUGAAGCAUCUCUACCUCACUCUGGGAGUUCUCACAGGUCUCGGAUUUGCACUUUGUUACUCUCCAGCUAUUGCCAUGGUUGGCAAAUAUUUCAGCAGACGGAAGGCCCUUGCUUACGGGAUCGCUAUGUCAGGAAGUGGCAUUGGCACCUUCAUACUGGCUCCGGUGGUUCAACUCCUUAUUGAACAGUUUUCCUGGCGGGGAGCGUUACUCAUUCUUGGGGGCUUCGUUUUGAAUCUCUGUGUUUGCGGCGCCUUGAUGCGGCCUAUUACUCUGAAAGAGGACCCUACAACUCCAGAGCAGGACCACAUCUGUAGAACUCAGAAACAAGACUUUAAGCGAGUGUCUCCCUGUGCAACUUUGACUAAAAAAUGGGUGCAGACCUGCCUCUGUUGCUCUUUGCAACAGGAAUACAGUUUUUUACUGAUGUCAGACUUCGUUGUGUUAGCCAUCUCUGUUCUGUUUAUGGCUUACGGCUGCAGCCCUCUCUUUGUGUACUUGGUACCUUAUGCUCUGAGUGUCGGAGUGAGUCACCAGCAAGCUGCUUUCCUUAUGUCCAUACUCGGGGUGAUUGACAUUAUUGGCAAUAUCACAUUUGGAUGGCUAACUGACAGAAGGUGCCUGAAGAAUUACCGGUAUGUCUGCUACCUCUUUGCCGUGGGACUGGAUGGGCUUUGCUAUCUCUGCCUCCCAAUGCUCCAGAGUCUUCCCCUCCUCGUGCCUUUCUCUUGUACCUUUGGCUACUUUGAUGGUGCCUACGUGACUCUGAUCCCAGUAGUGACUGCAGAAAUAGUAGGGACCUCGUCUUUGUCAUCAGCCCUCGGUGUGGUGUACUUCCUUCAUGCAGUGCCGUACUUGGUGAGCCCACCCAUCGCAGGAUGGCUUGUGGAUACGACGGGCAGCUACACUGCAGCCUUUCUGCUCUGUGGAUUCUCAAUGAUAUUUAGUUCUGUGUUGCUUGGCUUUGCUAGACUUGUAAAGAAGAUGAAAAAAACCCAGCUGCAGUUCCUGGCCAAAGAGUCUGACCCGAAGCUGCAGCUCUGGACCAAUGGAUCGGUGGCUUACUCUGUAGCAAAAGAGUUAGAUCACAAAGAUGAGGCAUCUGUCGCUGUCGCAGUGUCUGGUUACAACCCCACAUGACCAGUGGCCCGGAGCCUGGGAAUCUUCAGGGCUGAGAGAGGUGGGACCACCAGACCGUGUGUGUCUCUGAAGCAUUUUAUUUUGGCAGAAGCACUGCCUUCCGAGGAAAUUAUUAUUGUUGUUUUAUUAACGCGUUUAUAGGGGAAAAUAGCAAAUAACAAAGCACGUUGGACUGGCUCAGAGCUUCCUCAUUUGGGAUUUGUACUCACAAUUGAACUCACAUCUUUCAGGCAAUGAGCAUCACUCCGUGGAGAAUGUUAGGACAUAGCUGAUGCAGCUAGUGGUAAUUGGGGGUAAUUUCAAGGCAUGACCAAAGAAGAUGACAUUGGGAAGCUUUGUCUCCAACUCUCUGGCCCUCCAUCUUCCUCAGUCAGAAGGUAAAGAGAAACAAUGACGUGUAGGUGAGCUUACUUUAUGCUUUUUUGGAGAAGGGGGUCUGUAUGAAUCACUGCCUUUUGAAGAAUCUAAAGUAUUCUUCAACAACUCUGUUUAAAGCCCUGAUGAGAAUCUCCACUGUGAGGAAGGGUUGGCAUCUUCACCUCUCCACCUCCACUGAAAGCCUUCUUCCUAAGACUGAGCCCCUCACCUCUGACCCGGCCCUCACCUCUGUUCCUAUCACAUAUAAUACUGAGUUUAGCAGAAUACGCCAAGUCACAAGGGUGAUUCCUCAGUCUCACCUGAAAUGUUAACACCAACACGUCUUUAGAAACAAAGCUUUUAUUGAACUUGCACACACAUUCCUGUUAGGAACUGAAAAAUGUUGGCAGUAUUCCAACUGGGCAGGAAUUGAAUUCUCAAAUCAGCAGGGGUCUGAUGGGAGUUUUCUUUUCAGACCAGACAUUUAGGUUCAUCAUUACCCAAAAGGGAGGUUUGCCUGAAAAAGAUUGUUCUAGAGAUAUUCCAGAGGUGAGAUUCCUUUCUGCCUGUGUUAAUUCUUGUUCCAAUGUCCACUGCCCUUUAUCUCUUGAUGGAUAAUCGUUCGAAACUUUAUGGGCCUCUCCAGAUGAAUGAGAAGGCUUCAGGGGUUAACCUCAGCAUCCUAGCCCUCUCAUUAAUUAGAGCUUUGUUCAGGCGAGAGGGAGGAGAAUGUUAAGAAGGCUAGAGGUGUGGUAUUUUACAGUUCAUAGAACUCUUUCACAUACCUUCACUCCUUGGAUUAGAAUAGUUUACUCAUUCUCAAGUAGUCUAUUUUCCUAUAGUUUGGGACAAUUUCUGACUCUUCAGAGGGAGGGUAUCAAAGAGAAGAGAAAGGCCAGAGCCUCCAGCUUGUCUCCAACCGCUUUUAAAUCCACGGAGUGAUAGCCCUGAAUCGCCAAAUCGUGUCAUACCUGUAAAUUAGGAGAAAAUUACACAAUUGAGAAAGGAUUUUAAUUAUAGAGAAAUUUUAAAUCUGAACCUCAAAGAAAUAUUUUUACCCUAAAGGCCAUUUAAUCCAUUGUCCCUCAGGCGGUCUCACAAAUGCCUGGUCGGCAUUGAGGAGGAUCCUAGGUUGACGAAGCGUGUUCACCAAGAGUCUUCGCCUAUAACUGGAUUAUUUCAUAAAAUUGCAUAUUAAUACAUUGCUUUCAGAAUGAAAUACUGACUUGAUUUAAUGGAAGAAAACUGUAAUAUUUCACUGCUGCUUUCCAAAGAUAAAUUUGAAUGUCGCCUGUUAUCUUUUUACUUAGCUCAAGAAUUAAGUUUUGAACCCACUUACUAGAUCAUUUGCAAUCUACAAAUAAUACUUGGAAAAUAUCUGUAAAAAGUCAAAGUUAUGAUGAACUUAUGUGUGUUUGGAAUAGCACUUUAUACUAGAUAUCAUUUCUUGAAUCUUCAAGCCUAAAGAUUUUUUGAAAUAUAAGUAGUUCUAAAUAUUCCUAGACGUAUUUUUUCCUAGCAGCCAGAGUAAAAUUUUCUUUCUCCAGUUCUGCAAUAUGAUUUCUCUGAAGUAUUAUAAGUGUUCCUGAAAAAUGAGUGUAGAAACCAGAGCUUUAAAAAAUUUGUUUAAAGUAUUUGGGAUAUUUUUACUUUCUACAUGCAUAAAUUUGUAUUUUACUUGCCCAUUUGGAGCGCAAUUUUAGAAAACCAGCAAGGAAAAUGUAGAUCUUAGACUCCACCAUUGUAUCUCCACAAAAUUUUACUGUUAAGGUUCCAUGUGCCUAUACUGUUUUUUCCAAAAGGGAGAGAUUCGUAGGAAUGAUGUGUUUUGUGGAAUCAAGAACAAAAUUGUGGUAGGAUGAUUCUGCAUCUUAAAAUAUUUCUUCAUAUCACUGUGAGCUCUACUUUGAAAUUGAGUAGAAAAGCAAAGAAGCUAACUUCUAUCGAUACACUGUACCAUUGGGCCUUUUUUUUUUUUUUUCAGAUUGUGAUUUUACUAGUAGAUCAGAUAUUUAUGCUCAUAUUUUCUUAUUUCAAAAGCGUAAUAAAAUGAGUUUAUAUUUGUGUUUGGAAACACAUUUUUCCCUGUACAAGGGGUUUGGAUUGAAUGGCGAGUGAGCUUGUCUGGAUUAUGCUAAAAUGUAGCUGGCAUAUAAAGAUGUGGUAAACAAUCAAAUAAUUUACAAAAGCCAAA